GGUAAGUCUUAUUAAUUAACCACAACUUCACAAAAUUAUGUUUUGUUUGACUUUUGCCAGAUUUUUCGGCAUUUCAUGGGUGGGAGAGACCCUAAGAAAAUACAGUUUUUAUUUUGACCAGGAUAUUUUAAGUUUCCAAGAACCUUCCGCGCUCAAGAUCCCAGCAUCAUGACCUCAGUUUCAACACAAUUGUUGAUAGUCCUCAUUCCACUGCUUUUGAUGCUGCCUGUUGUUGAAGCAGUAGAAGCCGGAGAUGCAAUUGCUAUCUUGUUAGGUGUGGUUCUCAGCAUUACAGGCAUUUGUGCUUGUUUGGGGGUGUAUGCCAGGAAGAGAAAUGGGCAGGUGUGACCUCCAAGGGCCUCCUAAAUCAAACCUCAUCCUGAAAACCAUUGUGCUGUUGAGGUUAAAACUGAGCUUUGGUGUCUGAAAGUUGCCAAGAAACAGAUGGUAAAUGAGGUAAUUUCACAUUCCUGUGUUUGCCUGUGAAUAGGAACAAACUGAUGUAUGUUAAAUGGGGGAUAAUGUUCUCUUCACAUCAAAGAAAGAACUGAGAAAAAACAGACUAUAAUUUCUGUUCUCUAGUUGUAAAGGAGGUCCAAUAAAUAAUAUGACUAAAAUUUGCAUAAAUAAUAUUCCAUAGUUUCAGACAUCUCAAAGCUCACAAAAUA